AUCUCUGUCCGGUUAAACAGUUGGGUCUGUGCGCGAAUAGAGACAAACGUGAUGCUGCUCUGCUGUGUGUGUGACCGAGGCGACAUGGCGAGGAUUAACAUAUUGGGAUUAAUGUUUUUAUAAUGACUUCGCGUUAGAAGGCAUUACAUGUGAAAAUAAAAAGAAUGAGAUGAGGCCGACGAAGAGACAUAAACAUCGCCACAUACAAUGAUGAGCGCCAAUUCGACUCAGAAACACUGAAGGACUGAACACUCGGAUGCCAUUUAUGAAGGAUGUGCAGAAUUUGUUUAACAUAUGUAGCUUUUGUUAAUGAUUCGUUUUUCGUUCGUUUGUUUUAGCCUAGCCUACUAUCGAGAUACUGGCGUUAUGCUUAUUUCCAGUCCACCCUGGUCUCCCUUGGUGUUGGCGAGAAAGAAAGCCACCACAUGUCAAGCCUUUGUUUAGGACUGGGCCGUAUUCCAAAGCUGAGUCUGAGAUGAAGUUUCAUCUUUGAGGAUAAGAAGAGAAAGCUGAACCUUGACCUCAUUCAGACUGCCUUCCAUUGGUUCUGGAGAAGGUGGGCUGAAUCAUCCUGAUUCAAGAGGCUGUGUCUUCGCAUUACAGUCAAGAUACGUACAGCAACAAGCUAUGGAGCGGAACCUCUUGCUUGAGUGGAUCAUGGUCGAGGUACAUCUAAGGACAUUUAACGACUAGGCUCCACCAACUCCUGAUUCCUAUUCCUCUCGUGCCAGCGGCAGGCUGAGAUAAAGAGGGGAUCGAUGGCCAAGCCCCUCUACAGACUGCAGCGUUUCCUCCGGAGGACCCAGUUGUUCCUGCUCUUCCUAGGUGUGGCCUACAUCAUGGCUGGGAGCGUCCUGCUGCUCCAACGGGCCAACCUGGUGGUGACCCAGCGAGGGGCCACCAGCCCUCCACUGUCCUCCCUGCCCUCCUUACCCUCACCACCCUGGGCCCUGGGGAUGCCACCCGUGAGGGUAGGAGGCUACGGGGGCAGGAGCUCACAGAUCAUGUCCAGGGGACAGGGGUACCAGCCUGGGAGCCUGUUGGACAACAGGACUGGAGCACGCUGGCUCAUGUCGAGGAAUCUGGAGAUCCGACACCUGCGGCGGCGCUGGUUCCACAGCCUGAUGACGGAGAAGGAUAUGUCACAUGUGGAGAGGAGCACCCCCAGGAGGAAUGUGCCUCAAAAAGGUUCUUACAUGGGCUGCUUCCUGGACAAUUCCAAGGAGCGGGCUUUGAGAGGAUCUGUAUCCACUGAUUUCCGCAAAAUGACCAGCACCAUGUGCCAGGAUACCUGCUCAGCGAGUGGCUACCAGUUUGCUGGUCUGGAGUAUGGGUCGGAGUGUUACUGUGGCAACCACAUCACCAGCCUGCGUGUGAGAGAUGAGGAGUGUAACUUGGACUGUAAAGGGGAGAAAGGCUCCCCCUGUGGAGGUGUUGGGCGCCUGUCAGUGUUCACGGUGGAGGAUGUGCUUCCAGGCCAGAGGAGAUACAGGAACGUGCGCUACCGCGGCUGCUUCAGGGAGCCUGACAACAGCUCCUCUACAUCUCUGGUCCAUGUGCUCCAGCCCAACCUUACCUCCCAGUCCUGCAUAGAGGCCUGCAUUAACAAGGAGUUUCCUCUGGCUAUGCUGAGGAGUUCGGACUGUUUCUGUGGUUACGCUACUCCUGACUUCACUCUCCAUGAGCCGGCUGAGGAGGAGCACUGUUCACAGAGCAACACCACUGAGGCCUCCUUACCAUCAACCCUCCAGCGCUUCUACCAGGUCUACCAGACACCUGUCCAAGACUCCAGAUGCACAGAGAGGAAGUUCCUACCGGAGAAGUCCAGUUCAUUGGUAGCGCUCUCCAGCUUCCCAGGAGCAGGCAACACCUGGGUCAGACACCUCAUAGAGUUGGCCACAGGAUACUACACAGGCAGCUACUACUUUGAUGGAACCCUUUACAACAGAGGCUUCAAAGGCGAGAAGGAUUACUGGAAGAGUGGUCGGACCAUCUGUGUGAAAACACAUGAGAGUGGGAGGAGAGAGAUAGAGAUGUACGACUCUGUCAUCCUGCUGAUCAGGAGCCCGUACCGUUCCCUCGUGGCUGAGUUCAACAGGAAGUGUGCAGGACAUCUGGGAUACGCCUCUGAUCAUCACUGGAAGACCAAAGAGUGGCCUGAGUUUGUAGGCAGCUACGCCUCCUGGUGGGCGUCGCACGUUCUGGACUGGCUGCGGUUCGGCCGGCGGGUCCUAGUGGUCCACUUUGAGGAACUCCAGACAACGUUGGUGCCCCAGCUACGAUCCAUCACCUCCUUCCUCAACACCACAGUGACCGAGGACAGACUGCUGUGUGCUGAGAGCAACCAGGAUGGACACUUCAAACGUUCCGGGGUCCGGCAGCCCACCUUCGACCCCUUCACACCCGACAUGAGAGGACUGAUAGAUGGACUGAUCCAUGCGGUGGACCAGGCUCUCCGGGACAGCAACCACACAGGCCUUCCACUGGAGUACCUGCCCAGAUGAUGGACAGCUAAACUCUGAUAACCCUGAUCUCCACCUCGUCCACUACCCUGUCCCUCCUCGGUUUACACUGCCUUUUAGCUGUGGUGGCACGGAUGGAUGGGUACCCCCUAUCCAACCCAAGAGAAAGUGUUUCAUAUCAGGAGCGUGCCAUGCAAAGGAAACAUAGUCAUAUACACAGAGGCUAUUCUCACAGAAGCACUGGUUUAUCAAAGAACUGUCUUUCUGUUUUAGAAUUGUUAGGCUUUUUGGGACAUUGCCUCAUUGGGGGUGAACUUAUAAGUGUACCAAACAAUGGAAAUGGUUUCCUCUGUUUUAAAUAAACUCUAAAUAAACGGCACAUCCUAUAAGAACUAUAGGCUACAUCCUGUGGUUCAACCCA